AUGCCGAGCCGAGCGACGCACAAGACUUCGAAAAUGAUUGGUGCCGAUGGCGGUGACCUUGCUGAGGAGUCGGAGGCCAAGAAGAAAAAGAAGAAGGAGAGGGAUCCCUUGGAUUGGGAAGAUGACAAGUUUCCGAAGAUGGCGGACCGGCCAGUGGAGCAGGCACAAAUCGAUCCAAGCUACCUUGCGAAGAUGCGCCAGGAGGCCAAGAAGCAGUACAUCGAAGCACGGGGCCUUGACCCGGCGAAGGUGCAGCGAACAUGGAAGUUCCACUUUGGUAUUUGUGCGCUGGAGAAUGUCACUCAGAAUGAGUGGGAGGUGUUCCUGGCUGUGUCAGAGACCGGAAACAAGUUUGAUCAAUUCAAGAAUCGGCUCCACGGCAACUUCCAGUACACCAAAGGCUACAAAGUGAGGGGCGGGACCCGGAAGAAGUUCAAAAGAAUGGAGCAAGUCUACAGCAAAGAGCACAACCUGAGUUACAGGCAGAUGCAGAAUCAUUUCGUGACGAUGGAUGUGUGGACCGUCAGCAAGCUGCAGUUCAACACCCUGCUGGGCACUGCCAAGCGCAGCUUCUACGACCUGGCAAACGACAAUGUCUACCAGUAUAUCGGGAUCAAGGCGGCCGGCCAGGCUCAGGCGCAGAAGGCACGGGUCCUGGAGAUGCACACUCGUGCUUUGCGGCUUGAUCACCUUUCUCUCUACUUGUCUCGUUGGCUUUCCGUGCAUGCUCUGGGCAUUUCCGUUUUUGCGCCUGCCUCAGCAUCAACAGGGUUUCAGUUCCGGCCCUGGGCCACAGACAAUUCCUAUUUUGCUGCUCUCACUGAUAUGGAUUUGCUGCAUGUUGAGAAAGCACCCGCAGUCAACUUGCACACACGAUGCAAAAUGGUGCAUGUUCGCGUUCUGGCUGGUGUCGGCAACGUGGCAGACGUCAUUCAUAUGUCUGGAGUUGAAGCAGAGUGA